UUGCAUAGAUAUCUAGAAAAAAACUUUACUUGGAAAUUCUGAUCGAUACGCGCGUCAGAAAUUCAUCUCGCUCGUCGACAGGCCUUCAUUCGCGUCACAUUGUAUGCGUUACGAGACAUGACACGUGAAAUUAAAGGUUUCCGAUAUGUGGUAUUUUCACGUGACAUUUUAUUCUUCCGCUGAAACAUCGAUUCGUCCCUCUUUUUGGAAAAUGAAACGAGAGAUGUUGUUGACUGUGCGCCGUCGUAGGCGAAAGGUUUUGAGUAUUCCUCUGAAAAACUAUUAUAUCAUAUCAUUACGGAUUAUGAAGUCCGUUUGGAAUUAUUAUUACAGUAUGACGAAGAGAAUGCUGUUAUUGGUUGGUCAGUGGCCUUAUCAGAGAAGAAAAGAGAGAUUGCUCCGUGUAACUGUGAUGACUAUGAUUUCGCUUUCUAUGAUAGUUCCGCAGAUUGGCAAGUUUAUUCAGUGCGACAGAGAUGUGCAAUGUAUUUUAACGACUAUACCGACGCAUCUAUUUCAAAUUGUGGUUAUAGUGAAACUAUAUGCAUGCCAAUUUAACAAUAGCAAAAUAAAAGAACUCACUGAUCAAGUGUAUAGCGAUUGGGAAAAUUUGGAAAUCCCGGAAGAAUACGAAAUUAUGAAAACUUAUGCUGCAAAAGCGAGACUGUUUUCUUUGAUAUAUACGUCAUAUUAUGCCAUAGCUGCUCCUCUAUUUAUAUUAAUUACCCUUACACCGCAAAUAUUAGAUAUCGUUUUACCGCUCAACGAAUCCCGUCCUAUAUUAUUGCCUUACGAAGCGCACUACUUUGUCCACGAUGACACGGAAUACUUCUUUUACAUUUUCUUCCACGCUCUUGUGGGUAUAAUCAUAGUUUGUGUAGGAUUACUCGCGCACGAUUGUCUGAUCCUGACUUAUAUCGAGCAUGUCUGCAGCAUUUUCGCCGUAGCUGGAUUUCGUUUUGAGAACUUGGCGUGUAGUGAGAAUAUUGAUAUGCCAAAUAAUAAUUUAGAAAACAUUUACAAUCAAAAAAUAGCAUUGUCCAUUCAUACACACUGGCGAGCUUUACAAUUCGCGGAGCUUCUUGCAGAUACCUUCUCUAUAACUUUCAUCAUACAAAUAUUGAUAAUUACCGUAACGAUGAGCGUUACCUUGUUAAAAAUCGCAGGACAAUCAAACGACAAUAUGGAAGUAGCGAGAUACAUAGCGUAUGUUGUUGGACAAUUGAUUCAUUUAUUCUGCUUCAGUCUGCAAGGACAAAGACUGAUAGAUCACAGUCUACAAAUACGUGACAAGAUAUAUAACGGCUUCUGGUACAAAAUACCUGUGAAAUCGCAAAGGAUGCUUCUACACGUGAUGAGAAAGUGUUUGCAGCCAAAUUUUUUGACCGCUGGCAAGAUUUAUAUUUUUUCCCUCAAGAGCUUCACUACGGUACUACAGUCUUCGAUGUCGUAUUUUACCGUACUCGCAUCCUUCGAAUAAUCAAUAAUCGAUAAUUGCUCCUGGAUAGUAUUUCUAUAUAAACAUAAUAAUGUCAUGACAUAGAC